AUGCUAAAAUUGGGAAAGCUCAUUACCGCUACCACAACCUCCUUUGAGAUCUUUAAUUUUGACAUGUCGGUAAUGGCGCGCACCGGUAGACCAACAAUCGUGGAUUUUUCUAUUGAACCCGAGCCAUUUGGAACUGGUGGAUUUCGUAAGGCGUUCAAAGCGACUUCCAAUGACAGAGGAUUCAAUGGCUCAACAUGGGUGGUGAAGAGGUAUCUAGAAAAGGCUGCGGUCGACAUCAUUGCUAUUGGACAGACACUAGAAGAACAUACAAAGAAGGUAGUGCAAAUGCACUGCCUUGCACAAAAUUUCGCAGCUAAGCUUAAAGAGGAGCUUCAUGCAAGCGAUGAUGAAAUUCUUUUUGGGGAAACCAUGAGUUACAAGAAGAUAUGCAUGAUUGAUUGGAAUGAUUGGCAAAGAGUAUGUAACAGCAGAAGAUUUUAUAGAGGGGACAUUCCGCAAAUAUAUCAACAACAAUGGGAGCAUAUGUGA